AGUAAUCACGCUCUGAACGAUUGGUUUCCGAGAAUAUUUGACGCGGGAAUGAGGGGUAAUGUUUUUCGUCUAAGCAAGCAACACAGCGUCUGCUAGGUAGCCUAUAUCACUGUAUGCAAUUAUUUCCGUUAGCAUCAUUUAAGAGUUGGGAUGCGACAAGUUGCUUACGUCGAUGUCUCAGUGUGAGAGUGGUUGAGAAACGGACAGUCAGACAGCGAGCGCAACGGCAAGGGAGGGGGACAAGCAUUUCACUGAGGAUACGCACGCAUUGGCUAGGCUACAUGGACUGUAGACAAAUUCGUGUUCUAGUGACGUGUCCGCAUGUGCGCUGAAUAUCGGUUCUAAACCAUACCGCCAUAUGAGUAGUCUAAUUUAUAUUUUCUGUAAAGACUUGACGAUAUAAUUUCAAAGGCGGACACAAGAGUCUCUGGUCAGAACCGCUACACUCCACUCACUCAUCAUAUCGAUAUUUCGGUUGUUUCACGGCCACCCCCUCAAUUUCUUCUCUGUCUUCAUCUCCUUCUUGGGAGUCCGACGUUCUUCGAAAAGGUGUCCGAAAUACCAACUGAACUGAACAGUCGGCUUGAAACGCCAUGUCCACCACUCUGAGCAAGUAGAUUAAAAGCUUGACGUCAAGAGCGAAGGAACGAAGUUUUCGCCAAAGUCGCCCCACGGUGGAAAGUCACAGAGGCAGAGAAGUGCACUUGUGUGUGGGAGACCGAAAAAGUGUGAGGGAGUGGGGGAAGAGAGCGAAGACAGUCGAUGGAUGCUGCCCGGAUUGAAGGGACAGCCGAUUCUUCAUUAACGAGGAAAAAAAAGAUUUCAAAAUUGAGUCGAAGGACAGAAACUCGCCGUCAGGCAUGGUGUGUGAGAAGGGCAUCCAGAUUCUUCUCACCAUCGUGGGUGCGUUCGCAUCCUUCGGCCUGAUGACGGUGGCAAUCGGCACGGACUACUGGCUGUACUCACGUGCAACAAUCUGCAACAGCACAACCAACUCGUCGCAGGAUGACCCGCACAACAAGGACAAGAAGGACCCCGGCGCCCUCACCCACUCGGGCCUCUGGAGGAUCUGCUGCCUGGAGGGAUCCAAAAGGGGAGUGUGCUCUCAGAUCAAUCACUUCCCGGAGGACGCAGACUUUGACCACGAUGGAGCCGAAUAUGUUUUGCGGGUGGUCAGGGCCUCUAACAUCUUCCCCAUCCUCAGUGCUAUUCUGCUGCUCAUGGGUGGUGUGUGUAUAGCUGCUAGCCGCUUCUACAAGAGUAAGAGGAACAUCAUCCUGGGGGCAGGAAUUCUGUUUGUAGCUGCAGGCUUGAGUAACAUAAUUGGUGUGAUUGUGUACAUCUCGGCCGCGCUGGGCGACAUCUCCCCGAAGAAGGACGAGGACAAGAAGUGGCAGUACUCGUACGGCUGGUCCUUCUACUUCGGCGGGCUCUCCUUCAUCCUGGCCGAGAUGGUGGGCGUGCUGGCGGUCAACAUCUACAUCGAGAAGAACAAGGAGCUGCGCUGCCGCUCGCGCACCGACAUCUUCAAGAGCACCACGCACGCCAUGCUGCGCCUGCCCAGCUACCGCUUCCGCCGCCGCUCGCGCUCCAGCUCGCGCUCCACCGACCCCUCGCGCUCGCGGGACCCCUCGCCUGUGGGCGCGCCCGGGGGGAAGAACUUCGGCAUGCCCCCGUCCGGCCUCAUGUCCCAGGGCCCCAUCUCCGUGUCCACGCUGCCCAACCCGCACUCGCGCUCCCACACCGCCCUGCCCGGGGGCGACAUCUCCCUCUACACGCUGUCCCGCGACCCCAAGAUGGGGGGCCUGGGGGGGCUCGGGGGCCCUCCGCUGUACGGCACGGUGGACCGCGCCACCCUCUACCAGCUCCACAACUGCUUCCCCAAGGAGGGCGGCGGGGGCGGCACCAUGAUGAUGAGCGGCACCCUGCCCUCGCUCAAGUCCCACAACCCCUCCGCCGUACAGAAUUCCUCCAAUUCCAAUGCCCCGCUUCCCAACUCCAUUCCCUCCUCCCAGCCUCCACCUUUCUCCACCUCCACCGUAGAGCGGGAGAGGGGGAUGGGGACGCUGGAUAGGUUAGGGAAGGGUGACAGAGAGAGCAACUCCAACACCCUGAACAGGAAGACAACGCCUGUUUAGAGAGAGAGAGAGAGAGAGGAAAGAUGGGUGAGAGCAAAAGAUGUGAUGAGAAAUGGAAUGGGAAAUGUGGGCAUCGGGAUCAGGGAAUUAUGAGAGAAGGAAAAGGAGUGAUGGAAUGAUCUAUUUCUCCUUUCUCCUUGUAACCAUGCCAUUUCACAAAAAAUGAUGAGAAAUACUAAUAACCAAGUGAUAACAACAACAACAACAUUGCGUUUCACCUUAUUUUGGUAUUUGUCCUAUAAAUUAUUUAUUUUUUAAUGCAAUUAAAAUAAUAAUAAUAAUUAUGGGAUACUGUGAAAAUGAGAUAUUUUAAUUAUUUAUUUUGGGUGCACUAACAUUGCUAGUUUAAUAAUAAAAAAAAUGGACGUGCGUCCUAAUCUGCAAUUGUUGUUGUGAUUAUUAUUUAUGGUUAUUAGUUGCUAGUGUUUUGUUUGGAAUGACUCUAAUUUUUCAACUCUUUUGAUUUCUGAAGACAUUAACUGUGACUUUCUAACACAGUGACACAGGAGCUGCAAUUGUGUCACUGAUGUCCAGCAUGAGUGUAUAAAAAUGUGUGCAAGAAUGAGUGUUAUAUUAUUAUUAUUAUUAUGAUUAUUAUGAUUAUUAUUAUUAUUGCGUGGAGAGGCUUUUAUUUAAAUAACUUUUUUUUUCUACCCUUUGAUAACAUGCAGUUUAGUCUUGUGUGUAUACUGUAUAUUGUCUUCCAAUACCGUGAACGGAAUGAUGAAAUAAUUGAUGGACUGAAACUUCUGACCAACAAAGUGUUGAGCUGAUUAUGAAUUUUAUAUAAACCCACUUCAGUAUUAUUUUUAUUAUGAUUAUGGGUAGCAGACAUAGCUGUAGUCUUCUUGUGUUCCGGGGGCAUUAACAGAAAUCAGAGAUAUAUUUGUACAAAGUGAUGACAGGAUGGCAAUGUUCCUCACAUCCAAACUGCCCUCAAGAGAAAUAAUUUAAUCAACUCCUCAUUUCAGUAGUAGCCACGUUUUCAGAAAAAUCCGUGGAGCAAAAAAGCCUUGCCAACAUUUUCUAAAGGAAUAUGUACAUUGUACUUAUGCAUAAUGACAUUUUCAAAGUCUAUAGAUACUUUCUUUGGGGGUCUAUAGAGCCUAGUUAGAUGGAGUUCAUUUAAUUUGUUUGGGGGCCAGGGGAUAGCGGUCCUCUCUUCUGUUGGCGGCACCCAGACACCGGUGGCCCUGACUUCCUGGUUGGGCCCAGUACUCACGUCUUGGGUGUGCCUCAUGUUUCUCUUGUGUAUCUUCUUUAUGUCACGUGACCAUGAACGAAUCACCAUGGCGAUGCUUCCUUGAAAACAAACCUUCACUGUGCUGCACCUGAUAACUUCAGCCCGCUGACCUUUCGGUUUCUGUGAGAGAGAGAGGAUGUGAGCACACAGGAGCGGUCUCAC